AUGGAGCAAGCAAAGCAGUCUCUGGUGUCUGAGUUUAUUUUUGAUGGACUCUGUAAUUCAAGUGAAGUCCAGACCCUCCUCUUACUGCCAUUUUCAAUUGUCUACCUCAUGACUUUUGUGGGCAAUCUUCUUGUUGUUCUUAUAAUCAUCCUUGAUCCUCAUCUCCAUUCCCCAAUGUACUUUCUCUUAGCCAAUCUCUCAUUUGUUGACUUCUGCCUUUCCUCAGUAAUCACCCCUAAAUUGAUCACAGACUUCCUAAGAGUUAAUAAGACCAUAUCAUUUGAGGGCUGCAUGACCCAGAUCGUCUGUGCACAUUUCUUUGGUGGGGAAGAGAUGGUGCUACUUGUGACAAUGGCUUAUGACCGCUAUGUGGCAAUUUGCAAGCCACUCCACUACUCCAGCAUCAUGGACAGACAAAAGUGCAUCUGGCUAGUUUUGAUAACUUGGAUCAUUGGCUUGGUGCAUUCCACAAGUCAACUGGCUAUGGUUUUAGAACUUCCCUUCUGUGGACCCAGAAGAGUGGACAGCUUUUUCUGUGAUAUCCCUUUGGUGAUUAAACUGGCCUGCAUGGAUACACAUAAGAUAGAGAUGAUGAUAAAUGCUGACAGUGGGGUCUUGGCAACAACCUGUUUUAUUAUCUUGCUGGUAUCCUACACCUAUAUACUAGUAACUGUCCACCUUCGCUCCAAAGAUGGGACAUCAAAGGCACUCUCUACCUGUACUUCUCAUAUCACAGUUGUGAUGUUAUUCUUUGGACCCUGCAUCUUCAUCUAUCUCUGGCCACCUAGUACCAUCUGGGUAGACAAGUUUCUUGCUGUGUUUUACACAGUAAUCACACCUCUCCUGAAUCCAGCUAUUUAUACUCUGAGAAAUAAAGAAAUUAAGAAUGCCAUAAAAAGACUGAUAAAUAAGCAUUUGGAUUCAAGAGAUAAAUUGUAG